AUGAAAAUCAUCAAUGAGCACGGUUUUCGUUGUGAUGGGCGCAAAGCACAACAGAUUCGAAAUAUUUCUGCUCAAUUAGGCAUGGAUGCCAGCUCGGAGGGGGCGGCUUAUCUUGUUCAAGGCAAUACGCAAGUAAUAUGCCAUGUUUAUGGUCCACAUGAGGCAACGCAGCGUUCUCGAAUGCAAGACGAUCGUUGCUUUAUCAACUGCCAAUAUGAACGCUUUCUUAAAAGCCGUUCGAAAAAACAAAACAAUAUGAAGAAACGGACCGGAAAAGAUAGAAAAAGCGGCGAUGUUGAAAGGCUCGUUGAAAAAACUUUUGAAACCGCAGUCUUUACAACGAAUUUCCCUCGUUCGCAAAUUGAUAUUCAUCUAAUGGUAACUUUUAAGGAAGACGGCUCCCUUCUAUCAACUUGCAUCAAUGCAGCAACGUUGGCUCUAUGUGACGCCGGAAUCCCAAUGAAAGGUGUUGUAUCGGCGACUACUUGUGGAAUAGCUGAAGGAACGGUCAUUUGCGAUUUGAAUAACCGAGAAGAGAACGAUCUUGUUCCUCGAAUAACGUUGGCUACAAUUUCUGGUCGAGAUGAGUGUGUUCUUGUAGAAUUACAGAAUCGAGUGCAUGUUGCCCACCUUCCAAAUUUGCUCAAUACCGGCAAAGCUAUGUGUUUGGCGGUUCACGAAUGUCUACACACUGCGAUUCGCGACCAUUUGCUUCAUACAAUUCCGAUUUCU